UCUGAUGUGUGAAUAUAGCCUAAGCCUAAGUUUCCACUUGGUUUUAUGUGUGCGUUUUUCCCCGCAAAAAAUAUGCCAAAAUGGCGGCCAUGACGUUUUUUCAUUGAAAAAACGCUGCGGCCAGAUGUUAGUUGUAAAUAAAUGAGAAAUAGCAAAAUUCUUUGUCCACUUUGAGUUUUUCAGUUUGUCGUUUAUUUAAUCCUUUUGGUGUUUUUUCACUCUUUUUUAGCUCCUUGGCGGUUUUGCAAAGUCGCAGCAUGUUGAGCCUAUGGCUCUUUUUUCCCCUGAAAUCGUGGCAAGUAGAUGCCAAGAAAAACGACAUGUGGAUUUUAACUUUGGCAUUUUUGCAGGUGCCUGACAAAAUGGUUGCCCCUCUGAUUAUAUGAUGCCUAGUAAAAUGGCAUCAUGUUGGCCCUCCUUCUUAGUUUUCCCCCUCCUGCUACUGUGUUUAGAGAGAAAAACCCUGGGAUGCCCUGCCCGUUGUGAUUGUGCACCUCAGAUCCGGUCGGUCAUCUGCCACCGCAAACGCCUCACUUCUAUUCCAGAAGGAAUCCCGUCUGAAACAAAACUCUUAGACCUCAGCAAGAACCGCAUACGAUGCCUGAAUCCUGGUGAGCUGUCCUCAUACCCACUGCUUGAAGAGGUAGAUCUAAGUGAAAAUAUUAUCUCAGUAAUAGAGCCAGGAGCUUUUGCCAAUCUCUUUUAUCUUCAGACCCUUAAAUUGAAAGACAACCAACUGAAACUUAUUCCAACGGGAGUGUUUAGCAAACUUACUAAUCUAACAUUACUGGAUAUCAGUGAAAAUAAGAUUGUCAUUCUCUUAGACUAUAUGUUUCAGGACCUUCGUAGUUUGAAAAGCCUUGAAGUAGGAGACAAUGAACUAUUGUAUAUUUCACAGAAAGCCUUUUCUGGAUUGGUAGGCCUAGAGCAACUAACAAUAGAAAAAUGCAAUCUAACCUCUAUAUCCCCUGACUCACUUUCCUAUUUGCAAGGUCUUGAGGUAUUACAUCUUCGUCACUUGAGCAUCAGUUCAGUGGAGGAACAGAAUUUUCAGAAACUGUACAACCUUAAAGGACUAGAAAUUGAUUGCUGGCCUUUUUUAGAAGACAUUUGCCCAACUGCUUUCCAGGGUCUAAAUCUUACUUCUCUUUCUAUUACAUAUACCAAUCUUACCUCAGUGCCAGCAGCUGCUCUAAGGAGUCUUACAUACCUGGAAUAUCUAAAUCUUUCAUACAAUCCUAUUCGAGCCAUUCAGCGAGGCUCCUUUAGGGACCUUGUCAGGCUAAGAGAGCUCCACAUGGUUGGGGCUUCCCUCACUGUUGUGGAGCCUCAAUCAUUUUAUGGCUUGAGACAGAUUCGUCUACUGAAUGUCUCCAAUAAUCUGCUUUCAACACUGGAGGAGAGUACAUUCCUGUCAGUCAAUACUCUAGAGACAUUGCGAGUGGAUGCCAACCCUCUUGCUUGUGACUGCCGUUUGCUAUGGAUUUUGCAGAGAAGGAAAACCCUCAAUUUUGAUGGGCACCAGCCUGUAUGUGCUUCUCCUGCGGAAAUCCAAGGCAAUGCAUUGUGUGACUUCCCAGACUCAAUACUUUUUGAAUAUUUUACAUGCCAAAAACCUAAAAUAAGAGACAGAAAACUCCAACACAUCAUAGCUCAUGAAGGACAGCCUGUAUCAUUUCAUUGUCGGGCUGAUGGGGAGCCUGUUCCACUCAUUGUUUGGGUCUCACCACAGAGAAGGAUGAUCACUAGCAGAAGUGUAGGAAGGUCUACCGUGCUGCCAGAGGGUACGCUUGAGAUUAGAUAUGCUCAGGUACAAGACAGUGGUACAUAUAUAUGUAUUGCCACCAAUGCAGGAGGAAAUGACACUUACUUUGCAACACUAACUGUAAAAGGUGACAACUCACCAUAUGCUAAUCGAACACUUUAUCUUGCAGAAUACAACGAUACCUACCACAAUGACACACAUGUUUUCUUGAAGUUUACUUUGGACCUAAAAACAAUCUUAGUGUCAACAGCCAUGGGCUGUAUUACCUUUUUGGGAGUGGUUCUGUUCUGCUUUCUCCUACUAUUUGUAUGGAGCAGAGGAAGAGGACAACACAAAAAUAACUUUUCAGUUGAGUACUCUUUUCGUAAGGUUGAUGGGCCUGCUUCUGUUGCAGGACAAGGUGGAGCUAGAAAGUUUAAUAUGAAAAUGAUAUGAAAUGAAUACAUUCUAUCUAAUGAUUUGGACACUGUGAUAUUUUGCCCAUUACAUGUAUCGAGUUAAAAGGAGUGCCUCAUUAAUGGGCUUAGAUAGCAUUUCAUCUAUUCCAUCAUUAUCCUACCAUUCAAAUAAACAACAAGGGCUAUUUGUUGGCUCUUGCCAAGUGAUGUGCCCUAACCAACUACAAACAGCUUUUUUUUGUAAAAUAUACCAGGGUUAGUUUGAUAAAUAAAUCUCAGCAUUCCAGAAGCCAGGUACUUUUCUUAUAAGGUGUGAUAAAGUCAUGAUCAAUGACUUUUAGUCAAAAUGAAAUACAUAGUUAUAUGAUGCCAAGAUCUAACAUGUAAAAAUUUAAAUAAUUCUGGCUAGUCAAAAUUUUUGGAAAAAUACACAGUAACACAAGAUCAAUAUAAGUAGCCUUGGGGAAAAAAAUUGUUUAGUAACAAUGGAUCCACCCCAGUGAAAAAAAGUAGAAUAUAUAGCAGAAAAAAAUAUUGAACAAUUAUGGGAAUUUCUCAGGAAUUAUCACACAUUAUAUUGAGGCUUGGAGAACAUUAUUAACAGAUCGAAAAGUUGAAGGAAAAGAAGUUACACAUACACACACAUAUAUAUACAUAUAUAUAUAUAUAUAUAUAUAUAUAUAUAUGCAGUGGGG